CUCUUUGAAGGUUUGUUAAAAUGGCGGGAGUACAAAGAAUUGGUCUGAACUGUUUAAAUACGAAUUUAAAAAAUUCCCUUAUCAUCGGUAUAAUAAUAGCAAAAAAUAGCCCACGGACUAUAGGAUCACGUAAAAAGAAUGGAGAUAUGAGAGGAGUUACUUCGUUUACACUAAGAGAUUCCGAAAUUGACACCAUUAAUGUUGAUGUUUGGGGUUCCGAGUACUUCGUUCUUACUUUCUACGAAAGGUUUCUUGUUGGAGAUGUUGUGGAAAUUUCUUAUCCAAAAAUAUGUGUUAAAACCGGAGAAAACGAAAACUUCCGUCCACAGGUUACAUCACCAUUUUAUUUGUCGUUAAAUGAGGGCACAUCUGACGUUUCGACGUAUAAUGGAGAAAGUUUUAGUACAUACUUGCAACUUCUUCAUAUACCCACCAAGCCUGCAGCGGGAUAUUGCGGUCUCGCCGAAGUGCUAAAGUUUACAGAACAGACCAACAACGUGUACGUUGAUUUAUUAGUUGUUGUAAAGUCUGUUAAGCCACGACGUAUAAUAAAAACGAAAGCAGGUGCUGAAAUGACAAUCGGAACAAUAGAAAUUAUAGACAAUACAACGCCUGCUUCCGUCUCAUUAGAUAUUUUUGACAUCGACACGAUACAAAGAGCGGAAGAGUGGCGCCCUCUUGAUAGUGUCCUUUUCAUAGCGGAUGCUCGAGUAUCCUGGCGCGGUAAGGGAGUGAAAGUUCAGAUUUGUGCUCGCAGCGUUAUCACUCACCAACCGUACACGGCCGACGCAGAAGCGCUACGAUUGUAUAUCAGAAAUCAGGCAAACACACGCGGCGGGUGGGGCGGGUGUGUCGCGUGGAGCGCGUCGCGCGGCGAGGCGCGGUGCGCGGCGCGCGUGCGCGAGGAGCUGCGCGCGUGCGCGGCGGGCUGCGCCACGCUGCACGCGCUCGUCACGCACCUCGACCUCGCCGAAAUACAAACCACAGACAACAAUGAGGAGGUACGAAUCAGGUUUGCAGACCAUACAGGAGAAAUAUCUGCUUGGAUUCCAGUCAAUGUUUUAGAAGAAACUUUAGGACUUACUCCGGAUCAACUAAAAGUGAUGAGUUCAGACGAGAAGGCAGUACUCCGCUGGAAGAUACUACUCGAACAGUGUAGCGCGAAUAUCGUAGUGUCGCCGCCGCGACUCACCGUGUUAGCUUUGAGACGAGCUUCUGUUGCCGAUCCUAUACCCUUGUGUUAGUUGUUUCAUUAUAAUUAUUAUUUUUUUGGUAAUUAAAAUGCAUUAUGCAAUUUUAUAAUAAAAAUAUGUGUGAAUUGACUUGCUAUUUUAUGAAAUAAAU